CCUCGAUCCUCGGCCUCGUCUCGUCCGACCACAGUCUCGCUUCUGGGCGCUCUUGAAAGCAUCCCUCGUCAUUAUCCAGCGCCCUCAGUCUCCAAUCCUCCCACUUGAUCGUUGCAGAUCCUUGCAGCCAGCUCACCCUCGCGCUUCAAGAGGCUAUCGCGGAAAUCUUCGCAACGGGGAAAGCGGCAAGGUCCCUUGCUCAUGACUCAGCUUCAGCUCCAGCUUCAACGCUCGUAGAGAGCUCCCAUAAGCGACGCCUCUCCUGGUCACAGAUGGGCCAACAAAUCGGUACGCGACCCAGCACGGGCAAGAGCGAAGAUGGAGCAGCUUGGGCGAGCACGGAGCGAGCGAGCAAAAAGGUCUCCGCGGAUGACGUGCAAGGUACACCUCGGACUCUUUUGCUGCGCGUAGACUUGCUUCUUGUGCCGUUGCUAUUUGUCGCAUACGGCCUACAAUUUUGGGACAAAGCCGUGCUCGGCUCAGCAACACUGUUCAAUCUCAUUCCUUCUUUGGGUCUUGGCGGAACCAAAUAUGGCACUUCCUCCGGCGCAUUCUACUGGGGAUACCUAGUCGGCGCUUUUCCCAUGUCUCUCGCCGCCAAUCAUUUCAAACGCAUCAACGUCUGGCUGGGUAGCUGCAUCGUCGUCUGGGGUGGAAUCCUGCUCCUCACUCCAGCAAUUCAGAACUUUGGAGGAUUGGUCGCCCAGCGGUUCUUCCUUGGCUUUGUGGAGUCUUCAGUCUCGCCUGGCUUCGUCGCUGUCACACGUCGAUGGUACACGCGAGAAGAGCAGACUGUGCGACUUGGCCUCUGGUACUCAGCGACAGGUGUUUUCUCAAUCGUCUCAGGUCUGACAAACUACGGCUUGGGUCAUACGCGCACAUCACUUCCUCAAAGCUGGAUGAUCCUCUUUCUGGUUCCCGGCGCAUUCACCAUUGCGCUCGGCGUGCUUUUUGCGCUGCUCUUACCACCUUCGCCAGACACACAGCCCAUUCUUGCUAUACCGGGAUAUAAUAGCUUCAGCGAGGGUCAGAGGGAGCUGCUCAGCAAGCGCUUAGAACCGGAGAAAGGAGACCCGCUCAGAAAUUGUGCGGGGGAGCUGGACUGGAAGGACGAUUGGUCGGUGAGAGAAAUCAGAAGGGCGGCUAGAGACCCCAAAAUGUGGCUAUUUCUUGCUAUAGCUACUCUCAUCUACGUUGUGAAUGGAAGCGUGACCGUCUUUGGCCCCAUCCUUGUCCGGGCUGUGUUCCGAUCCGGCGGAGCAGAAGCACUUGCUCUCCAAGCUCCUGGCGGAGCAGUCACGGCAAUCUCGAUCUACCUAGUCAUAUUCAUUUCACGUCGGUAUCAAGGCACUCGACUCUUGUUGCUCAUCCUCUCCUGUCUACCAGUGAUAGCAGGCGCCUUGAUGAUCUGGCUCUCGGACUGGACUGAUCGGGCAGUGCCAUACGCAGGGUACCUCCUGCUGCCCAUCUUUGGUGCGCCCUUCGUCAUGCUUCUUGGCAUAGCUUCCUCGGAAAUCAGAGGCAAGACUCAACAAGCCAUUGCCACAGGAUCCAUCUUUACAGGCUAUUGUGCAGGAAAUAUCGCCAGUGGUUAUAUAUUGGUCAACGAUCCGAGCCAGGCACGUCAGAAUUACGAGAAGACCUGGAAAAUUGUCAUCGGUGUCAUGGCUGGCACUGUGGCCGCUGCGCUUUUGCUUGGGGCCGUCUUGCCUGGUGAAGUGCGUCGAGACAACAUUGCUACAGUGCAAAGUGGAGUCCGGGAGCAGACGGAGCAGAAGCAGGAAGAAGUGGACGCCACGAAUCCCAGCUCUGCUGGCCGGUCAACUUCUCGUGGCCAUCGUCACAGAGGUCUGUGGAGAUUUUUCCUGAUCACGAUAUUACUCGGAGUGGUGCAGUCGCGUGAUGUGGAGGAAAAGGGUGCCUACGCCGAGCACUUAUCCAUCCGGCCCUUGAUAGACGGCCGGGUACACACGCACUUCUCUUUCAACGUUCGAGAAGCGGACCUUGAAUCCCAGGUUUACAAAGACAUCUGGAGCACAAAUCACUACAACCUCCUUCCUCGAGCGCUUAUGCAUACUGCGCAGGCUGGAAGAGCGGAGGAGAUUGCGCUGUCUAUCAACCGAGGAACGUGGGAUUAUGGCAAGUGGGGUCACCCUAUGCAUGUGCAUGGAGAUGUGGGAAUGGUCGGCAGUGGGGCGGAACUUUGGGCUCGCUUGAGAGGAAUGAGCAACGAGACCACGGAAUCCGCCGCUCAACCAUCUGAGCAAAUUAUGGUAGGCUGGAAAAGGCUCACCGCUUCACUAGCCGGCCUUUUCUGCACCACCCUCAAUGCUCUCGACACACGAACGACAGUCUCUCCUUCCCACCUCCCCAUAGUGUCGCCCCUCAUCCACUCACGAACACAAUCAUCUUCACCGGGCCACCCCACCUCGUCCGAUGGGCAGCGGUCAACCAAAUUACUUCACUCGUUUUUACCUUCCGAGAACAUCUGCACAGAGAACCUUUCGCCACUGCUUGGACUUUUGCCUUGCGCGGCCCACGCUGGGCUCGCCAGCCUGCUCGAACCACACGCUGUUGCUGCGGCGGAUUUCAGCGGAAUGACCGUUCGACUUGCCCGAGAUGAGCACUGGGGAGGCCAGGAUGGCAAGGGAGCUUGGCAGUUAAACAUCGCUGUCAAUGUCGUUUUUAGCCCGCACACGGGUCUAUUCGAAGGGAGAAGAAAUUGGAGCUUGACGAAGCUCUUCUCAAGAUCCUUGCAGAGGAGCUGUCCGCUUGCUAGCAGCUCUACUUUGCAUGUGCAUCGACCGGCUGACGCACCUGUGGAACUCAACGAGGACGGCGACGUGGCUCCACCUGCAUUUGUCGUUGAGCCGAUGCCUUUGGGGCCUGUGACUGCAAGUGGCCAAGACGAUCAAGAAGAGACGAAGAGCGAAGCGAAAGAAGCAUACAUGAGGGGAGAGAAGCUUGAGUACGAUUUAAAUGCUUUGGACAUGCCUUUUGAGCUGGAGAUGCGUUGGAGAGAUGAGACUAGUUUCGCGCAUCCGCACAACGUACCGCUGCCCGAGCUCUCUGUAUCACGAUCUUUCGUCGGCGCGGGUCAGGAAAGAGGACGGGUGCAGCUCACGCUCAGAAAUAUCGAUCCCAAAAGGGAGAGGAACGUGCUCUAUUACGACGUGUUGCCCUGGUUUGUUAGACCGUAUCUGCACUCGCUCAACACCACUUUGGAGCUAGACGAAUGGGACGAGUCAGCCUCGGACAUUGUGCGUUUUGCCGAUGAAGAGACGUUGAAUCCUUUACUAUCGCUCUCCUACAGCGCGGCAUCGACGCGCGAACGACCGUCGCGUAUUGAGGCUUUCCUCCGAGUUCCUCCUGCUAGCACCUUGCUCUUGACGUACGACUACGACAAGGCGUUUAUGAGAUAUGAGGAGCACCCGCCCGACGCGCAUAGAGGAUUUGACUUGCCGCCCGCUGUCAUAGUGGAGCGUGUGCGCAAUCCUAACGAUGGCAACGAGGUGUGGGGAAGGAGGUGGUACACUGCGCCAGCUCUGCUCGAAGUUGCUGUGCCCGAUUUUUCUCCUUACAACAUAUUUUCCUCGACGCUUGUGGCGCUGGGAGCGGGCAGUGCGCUCAAUAAUCUGGUCCGAAAGUACAGCGACUCUGUCUCUGUGCGGUAGGCUUCCGUUACGCAACUACCUUGCGGUCUGCGCGGCGCGCCUAUGAGAUUGACUGUGGAGCAUUCCAAGACCUUGUCUAUCAACGAAAAUUGUGAAUGGAAUAGCUAUAGAUGCA